GGCACCAGUAAAUAAUAUGAAAAACUGAAAACAAUAAAUCUAUCUAGUUAAAUAAAAAACGGUCUAAUGGAAUUUAUAGAACUUAUACUUAUUAACAAAUUAGAUGGAGUGAUAUUAAAAUACCCUCAUCAUGACAACGUGGAUGGAACAGUCUGCAUAACAGGACAUCACCUUAUUUUAAGUUCCAGAAAAGAAGGCGUUCGGGAGCUAUGGCUUUUACAUAAAAACAUAGACAGCAUAGAGAAAAAAGAAAACAAGCUAAGUGGUGGUAUAGUUCAAGGCGGGUCACUCUUUUUGAAAUGCAAGGAUCUCAGGAUAUUUCAACUGGACAUCAGCAACACAACAGAACUAAACCUCGUCACACAGACCCUUGAGAAUCUGUCCGGCAUACAAGAUCCAACACUUUUCUACCCAUUCUUCUACAGACACAUGCAUCCUAUCAUGGAGAAUGGCUAUACAUUAUAUAGUGUUGAAGGUGAAUUUACUAAAGUACUAGCUACAGAAGAAUGGCGCAUCUCCCGUGUCAACCAACAUUAUACGAUAUGCCCCGGCUAUUCCAAAGGAGUUGUUGUUCCUAAAAGUAUAGAUGAUGACACAUUAGCAGCGGCUGCUACUUUCAGACAGGGCGGAAGAUUUCCUGUCCUUUCUUACAGGCAUACUAAUGGUGCUGUGUUACUGAGAGCUGGUCAGCCACUGUACGGACCAAAGCAUAGACGCAGCCGGCCUGAUGAAGCGAUCCUCAAUUCAGUUGUAAAUAUCGGAAUGAAGGGAGUCAUCUAUGAUCUGCGGAGUUCUAAUUCUAUAUCACAACAGCAAAGUAAAGGAGGUGGAUCGGAGAGCGCGGCUAAUUAUUCCCAAUGGAAAAUAUACAACAGAUCAAUGGACGACGUUGACAACCAACAGCAACUGGCCGAAAGUUUUUCGAAACUUAUAGAAGUUUGCGUGGAUCGGGAAGUGUCGUGUGAUAAGUGGUUGUCCAGGCUGGAGUCGAGCGGGUGGCCCGAGUCUGUCAGGAACUCACUGCACACUGCCUGUAUCGUGGCUCAGCACUUACAUCAGAAAGCGGAACCUGUCCUCAUACACGGAACGCGUGGGGAGGACGCGACGCUGCUCGUCUGCUCGUUGGUGCAGAUCAUACUGAACCCGGACUGCAGGACUAUAAGAGGUUUUCAAGCGCUCAUAGAACGAGAAUGGCUCCAAGCCGGUCACCCAUUCGGGACCCGCCUCCGCUCUGGACCGUACUCGUCUCCACAAUCUCGUUCGGCUCCAACCUUCCCGCUGUUCUUGGACUGCGCGAGACAGUUCCUGGAACAAUUUCCAUGCAGCUUCGAGUAUAGGCAGUGUUUUUUGAUCACGCUCUUUGAACACGCGUAUGCUAGUCAGUUUGGUACUUUCAUCUGUGAUAGCGAUCAAGAACGCGAGACUCGUGGUGUGUACGAUCAGACGACGAGUAUUUGGUCAUGGAUCAACCAGCCCGAUGAACUGACCAACUAUAUCAAUCCACUGUACGACCCUACGCCGAAUGUUGUUUGGCCAUCGGUCGCUCCAAUGAGCUUUGUUAUUUGGGAAGAACUCUACCUUCGUUGGUUAGUGGUCCAACGCACAGAAGAUAGGGAAGACCAGUACAAAACGAUACGCACAAGGGAGCAACAUUUACGUGCGCAGGCGCUCCAACUGCGACGGGAACUGCUUGAUCUCGCGCACCAAUACUAUGAUGAGACUAAAUGAACAGUACUGGCAAGUGUGCGCUCGCUAUUCGGUUCGCUGCUCGACAACGCUCAGCGAAGACAUCGGAAAAAGUCGUUUGACGCGUGUAUUUCUAUUCCAACCGGCAACUAUGGAUGACAUCUACGUUCUUAUAGCCGCACAUAAAUAACAAUUUCGAGAUUUUGUGAUCGUAAUUAAUAAGUCUCUUUUAGUUAUUUUUAAAGCAGAUUGUUUUUUUUUUAUAGAAUAGGAAGGCGGACGAACAUAUGACCCACCUGGUAAGUGGUAACCAACGCCCAUAGACAUUGGCAUUGUAAGAAAUGUUAACCAUCGCUUACAUCACCAAUGCGCCACCAACCUUGGGAACUAAGAUGUUAUAUCCCUUGUGAUUGUAAUUACACUAGCUCACUCACCCUUCAAACCGGAACAUAACAAUAUAAAGUACUGCUGUUUUGCGGUAGAAUAUCUGAUGAGUGGGUGGUACCUACCCAGACGAGCUUGCACAAAGCUUUACCACCAGUAGAAAAUUCCGGAUAUUAUUAUACAGUAAAAGUGUUAUUUAAUAUGACAUAGCUAAAAAUAAUAUAUAAAAAUAUUUUUGUAAUUUAGACUAGUGAAUUCUACGCUAAAAGUCUAAAAUAAUUUGGUUCAUACUCGCCUUAUGGUUUCGUGCCUAAAAACUUUUCCGCGUAAACACCACGACCUACGAAUAGGUGCGCUUUGAAGUGAAUGACGAGCGCACAAGACAUUCGCACCGCAGUCUUCAGCGGCGCUCACACGUGUGACUUUAAACAAUCAUCAAAUUUAUGUGUUACAUAAUCUGUGCUAAAAGUUAAUUAAAUGAUUUUUUAACAUCAUGACAUUAAAAUAUUCACCACUAUUACUUACAAUUAUAAUUUUAUUUUGAGUUUCCGACAGUUUUUUAAUUACUCGUUACAUAUAUGUAUAUUAGGUAAAUAAGAAAAAAACAGGCAUUAUCAUUACAAAUGUGUAAUGUUAAACAAUAAA